AUGGCCGACGCUCGCGAUGGCCCGUCCGUUGCGGCCAGGCUCAAACUGUGCGCGCAAGCCACAGGAGAGGCGGUGGCGCCGCAAGACGAGGCGAUGAUUCGCAUCCUCUCGCGGCUCGCCGUGGAGAACAACUGGUGGAGCUUCAGCGUCAACCCGACGCCCACGGGCAAGCAGUUCAUUGUCCAGCCCCAGUCCCAGUGGGAGAGGGACAGGGAGCGGCAGCAGGCCAAGGAGGGCAGUGCCCCACCGCAGCCUGCACACCCGCAGCACCAACAGGUGCAGCAACCCCAGCCCAACGAGUCGCCCGAGGGGUGGACCAGGGUUGGGAAGGGCGGCAUGCCGGACAGGUUCACCAUGAGGAACCAUGGCCGCAAGCCGCCGGGCAAGGCGGUCAAGCGCAAGCCUGACCGCCAGCCCGCACCCAAGGGAGGGGUUGUACACGACGCAGUGCAGCAGGCUGUGAUGCAAUACGGCUAUGACGACGAGCUCUUCCAGGAUUGGAGGGACGGCAAGAUAGGCGAAAAGGACUUGCCGGAGGAGCCGCAGCCGUAG